CUCCUAGCGACUAGAGCGGCAGGGAUCAGGAGCCGCGGAAACUGGAGAGGUGGCACCCCAGCGAGGGCCACCAUGGGGGACCAGAGGCCGCAGGACCGGCCAAAGUCCCCAGGCAUGGACUUCAAGCCCUGGUACUGUGACAAACCGCCUUCCAAGUGCUUCGCGAAGCGCAAGCACAGACGCCUGAGGUCCCCGCCCAUGGACACCCAGAACUGGGUAUUCGUGACUGAGGGCAUGGACGACUUCCGCUACGGCUGUCCGUCUCCUGAAGAUACGCUCAUUUGUCGCCGUGACGAGUUUUUACUCCCCAAAAUCUGUCGCAGAGGUCCCCAAACUGACCCCAAAAGCGGGCAGAAAAAGUUGCUCAAGAAAGCGGCCCUAUUUUCUAAGCUCUCUCCAGCCCAGCUAGCACGGAAGACGUUCGUAGAGGAAGUGGAAGCCCAGCUGACGGCCAAGCAUCCCUUGGCCAUGUACCCCAAUCUGGGAGAAGAUAUGCCUCCAGAUCUCCUACUACAGGUGCUGAAACUGCUGGAUCCUGAGAGGAAGCUGGAGGAUGUUUGGGCUCGUUGUGAGGCCCGGGAGAAAACAACCGAGGUACCCACAGAGCCUGGUAAAUACCCCUGUGGGGAACUCUGCCCAAAGCCUCCCGAGACUCCGGUGUCCCAUCUCCGCCCGGAGCCUCCCAAGACUCCGGUGUCCAGUCUCCACCCGGAGCCUCCCGAGUCUGGAGUGUCCCAUCCCCGCCCAGAGCCUCCCAAGACUCCAGUGUCCAGUCUCCGCCCAGAGCCUCCCGAGACUGGAGUGUCCCAUCUCGGCCCGGAACAUCCCAACACUCGUCGGGUGUCCAGUCUCCUACGACAGCUACUGAAACUGGAUUCUGAGAGGAAGCUGGAAGACGCACGGGCUCGUUGUGAGGGCCGGGAGAAGACAACCAACGAACACACAGAGCCUGGUAAAUACCCUUGUGGGGAAUUCUGCCCGCGGCCUUUCGAGACUCCAGUGUCCCAUCUCCGCCAGGAGCCUCCCAAGACUCCGGAGUCCAGUCUCUGGCCAGAGCCUCCUGAGACUGGAACUGGAGGGUCCCAUCUCCGCCUAGCGCCUCCCAAGACUCGUCGGGGGUCCAGUCUCCACUCGGACCCUUCCGAGACUGGAGUGUCCCAUCUCCGCCUAGCGCCUCCCAAGACUCGUCGGGGGUCCAGUCUCCACUCGGAGCCUUCCGAGACUGGAGGGUCCCAUCUCCGCCCGGAGCCUCCCAAGACUGAAGUGUCUCAUCUCCAGUCAGUGCCUCCCAAGACUGGAGCGUCCCAUCUCCGCCCAGAACCUCCCGACACUAGUCGGGUGUCCAAUCUCCUACUAUACAUACUGAAAGUGCUGGAUUCUGGGAGGACGCUGAAGGACGUAUGGGCUCGUUGUGAGGCCCGGGUGAAGAAAACCGAGGAACCCACCGAGCCUGAUAAAUUCCCUUGUGGGGAACCCUGCUUGCAGCCUCCGGAGACUCAGGUGUCCCAUCUCCACCCGGAACCUACCAAGACACGUCGGGCGUCCAGUCUCCACCCGCAGCCUCCCAAGACUCGCCGGGCGUCCAGUCUCCGCUCGGAUCCUCCCAAGACUCGUCGGAGGUCCAGUCUCCGUCCAGAGCCUCCCAAGACUCGUAGGGUGUCCAGUCUCCGCCCGGAGCCUCCCAAGACUCAUCGGACUCAUCGGGUGUCCAGUCUCCACCCGGAGCUUCCCAAGACUCGUCGGGUGUCCAGUCUCCGCGCGGAGCCUCCCAAAGCUCCAGUGUCCCAUCAGUUCUCGGAGCCUCCCAAGAUUCGAGCGUCCUACAUAAAAGAACUGUUUCACGAAGAUACACCAAACACAACAGAGUGCGUUUCUGACUCUCUUCAAUAUAGAUACACAUCAGAAAAACUCCGUGAAUUCUUCAAGUGGGCUGCAGACCUGGGAGCUGAUGAAGAAUCCAUCAGGAAUCUGUUUGACUUUACCCCCAAGUACAGAGCAACCUAUUACGACCAAAAGCUUAAGAAGGUAAAAGAGUGUUCCUCAGAGCUGAAGUACAGCAUGGAGCUAGAUGAAAAGGAUGAGGACAAAUUUUUCUCACAGGAAAAAUACUGGGGCAGGAAACUCCACACGCCAUCGAAUUCUUAUACCGCACAGCGUGUGAAGAUGAAGUAUGGAGCAUGGUACCUCAAGCCUAAGUUGUGGAAAAAGCUAAGAAGUGAUGAACCUUUGAUUGACCCCAAGCUCUUGCUUGAAAAGCCUGAUGAACCUGACGUUCUUGACGAACUUUAUGGACCAAUUGCCUUUAAGGAUUUCAUUCUAAGCAAGGGCUACAAAAUGCCUGGCAUCCUUGAAAGACUGUUUGCCAGGAAGGGAUGGACUUAUGACUCUGUUAAGACUCCCAUUCAACGUGCAAUACGAUUUUACAAGUACAAAGAAAUCGCAGAAGCAUCGGAAGAAGAUUAGGUGGUUUUCAAUUUAAUUGGGUAUUUCUUGCUCUCAUUUUAAACAUCAAUCAGAAUUUAUGAUGACUGGCCCCGUGGAUGUACAACUUUGGCAACAUCUGUAACUUCAAUACAUAAUGUUUAUAAAUAUUUCUUAAUGACCUGCUUU